AUGUCAUAUUCUUAUUAUGAUAAUAUGUCUUCCUCUGAAAAAGACAAAUUAGUAGAUGGAAAUGAACUUGAAAAAUUAAAUAAAGAACAUCGAAAGAAAUUGCAAUCUCAUUUUUCACCAGAAAAUGUUAUAUUAACUCCUAAACGUCGACGUUAUGAAGAUAAUGAUAAUGAGAUAUGUGAAAUUGAAAAUGAUAGCUUUCAAAUGGUAGGAAAAAGAAAUCGUAAAAGAACUCGUCCAAUAAUUAAUAAAGAUGCUCAAGAGGCAAUAGACGAUAUUACAGUUCAAGCGACCUCUUUAGGUCAUCAAGGACAUAAACAAAAUGAAAAAAGAAAUACAAUUGGCCGUAGUAUGGUUGUAUUUAAUUCGUUAUCACAGAAUGGAAGGAAAAUAAAUGAACAACGAAGAAGUGAUGAAAGGAAUCAAAAUGUAAUACAAAAGAUAAAUAAUGAUAAUACACAACUACAAGUACAUGAAACUGAUAUUCAUCAUACGUUAAAAUAUAAUGUUACUCAACAUGCUUUACAAUAUGCAGUUAAUCAUCAACUUCCUCCUUUUAAAAUUAUAUGUCAACCUGAAAUGAAGAAUCAUUUAGAAGGUACAAUUUUAAUUAAAGCUUUAUGUGAACAUAUACAAAAUGAUUUUCGUAAAUUAAAUAAAUCAUAUAAUUAUCCCAUUGGAUUUGAUACUUGGUAUAUUGAUAAACAAGGUGCAUUAAUAUGUUCUACACGUCGGAUUGAAUUAUUUGUAUAUGUAUGGGAUGUAUCAAAUUAUCCCUCAAAAUUAUUAAAUACAACAAUUACUCCUGUUCCUCCGGUCCAUCUUCCUCCUCAACAUUCGAUUAUUUUCAAGGGUGAUUUAAUUGAUGUGUUAAGAAGAAAACCAGAAUUAUUACCUCAAGAUGUACAGUUGUUUAUCCCAGUUGGAUUUCGUAAUGGUGGUAAAAAUUUUAUUAGUGGUCAAAAAGAAGGUUCUGAUACUUUACCACCUCAAACACAUACUUCUCAUUUUAAUGGAUGGCCAUUACUUACACGAACAUUACCUACAACAACUAAUGAAGAACGAAGAGAGGAUAUAUAUGAAAAUGUAUUACAGGAAAUAAAUAUGUUACGUAAGGAUUAUGAUAAAUUAAAAUUAGAUUUGGAACGACGUGAAAAAGAUUUGAUACACAAGCAACAAAAUUACAAAACAAAAUUAAAUGCAAUGUUAAAUUUGUUAGCUUUACAAAACAAUCAACAAAAUGAUUGUAUUUUAAAAGUUUAUACGGUGGUAAAUGAGGUGGUUCCGAUUAUUAUAAAUUCAUUAAAAACAUUGCAUAUGUUUAUGGAGAAGGUGGUGAAACAUACAAGUAACAUCGAUGUACAGAAUGAAUAUAAGAACUUCCAACUUAUUAUCGAACAAAAUCUUGUUAUGUUGAAUGAUCGUAAUGACCUUAUUAUAGAUCAUCAUCGUGCAACAACAACUUUGAAUGAAAAAGCAACAGAUAUCUUUCGUCAUGGCAUCGAAAUUAUGUCAACAAAUGAACAGUAA